AAAACAUUUCAGUAGGAAGCGAAUAAUGUUAAGCCGGUCGAAAGGAAUUAUAUUUUCAUUAUUUAUAAUUAUUACAAAUUCAAUACAAUGUAGUUACACCUAUUUUGCGAUAGAACAAUGCCCCGGCACAGAUGUUCCCAAUAUAAGGCAUCAAACACAGUUCAACGAAAUGUCUAUAAUUUUCUAUUACACCCAAUGGAGUGAUGAAAGUUUAGAGGCGCUACAACAAUACAAUGAUGUGGCAGAACAUUUUGGAGACAAGGUAUAUUUUGCAGCGAUUGAUUGUUGGCAUUUAGCUUGUAAUUGCUCAAAAACCCUAACAACAACUGUAGGAUCCGGUGCUCCACACAAAUGGCCAACAUUAAUGGUGCACUACGGAAGGCUAGGUCAAUUGAAAAUUCAAUACAAUGGUUUGUAUACAUUCAGAAGUAUGGUUCAAUUUGUGGAAAACAUCAUGCAGCCAUUAGAGCGCGUAGAGAGUAGGGAGGACUUAGAAAGAAUGAGAUCGUUAACGGAUGCCAUUGUAUUGGGUGUAUUUGAGAAGCCAAACGAUGUGGAAUAUAAGCAAUAUUUAGUAGCAUCCUUGAAAUGGCUAGAACAUGAUCCUAUACGCACGUAUCGUUUUACAGUAACUUUCGCUAGUCGUAAUGAUACCAACUUAAAAGUACCGAAUUUAUUAUUACAAGGACACAAGAGCAAGAAAUCGUUUGUUGAGUAUCAUGAUUUUAAAUGGAAUACAAGCAAUAUUUUACGUUGGUUACAAGAUGAACUCAAAGAUGAUUACGGUCUUUUACAUGGUUAUACCACACCCAUAAUGAUUGCACAAAAGAUGAAAAAACAACCAGUAUUGGCUAUUUUUGUGAAUGAGCCUCAACAAUUCUUUGCAUACAUGGAGAAGUAUGUCGACAAUCAACAACCUUUUACAAGAGCCUCAUUGGCUUGUAAAAAGUCCAUGAAAAGACAAGCUGUAAAUGGUAUUUGGGGGAAAUUACAAAUUACUAAGACUAUACGAAAACUGCAGAUCUUUACCGAUAGUUCAAAAUGUCAUUACUAUAUCAAGGAUAUAAUAUUAGCAAAUCUAAACUUUUAUUAUGAAAUUAAUCAAUAUUUAAAUGAACUGUAUAAACAAUUAGCUAAUCCUGCAAAAUCUAAUGCAUUUUAUAAUCCAAACUUGGAAGUUUAUGAACUAUUAGAUUUUUUCCAGUCCACCACUUGUGUGCUAAAAAGAGAUAUUGCAUUGCAAAUUCCCCUGCAUAUAAGUGUCGUAAAAAGAUUAGAUGGUUAUUUAACAAACGAACAACAAUGCAAAAAUAGCAAUCGUUCGUUGAGUACAGUUCUAUUGGAUACGCAACGCUAUAGAGAUUAUUUGGAGAAUGUUAAUAUACUACCGACCUCCAAAAGUAUGGCCACUGUUUUUAUUAUAGAUAACCAAAAGGAGAAUAUGUAUGUUAUGGAGGACCCAUUUGCUAUGUACAAUUUAAUGGAAUUUGUUAAGAAAUUCUACUCGAAUGGUUUAAGUAAUUAUUAUAAAAAUAAAGAAAGCAUUCCGGCAACAAUAGCUCGGUCAUCAUCUAGCGAUUACGACAUGGAAUUAAAACAUUUAAAUCGUCAUAUAUUUUUAAAUUACCUACAAUACACCCACAAUCAAACCCUAAUAGCUUUAAUCUACUCCCCUGACUGUGCUCUUUGUGGCAACAUCCAGCAUUCCUUUAUGCAGUUAUCAUUAUCACUGCGGCAUAUAGUGGAUUUGAAAUUUAUACGAAUUAACGUCAUGGACAAUGAUCUACCCUGGCAGUAUAAUAUGCCGUUUCUACCAGCCCUAUUGGUAUUUCCCGAAAAUCGUUUUUCCGAAUCACGCCUUUUUCCUUCGCACCUAAAACCAGACAUACGUAAUGUUUUUGGUUUCAUACUAAGUCAACUAACUGCACACCAACAAGUUAGGCUUGUAUUGGCCGUGUGUCAAAGUGGAACUUUACCUGCAGGUCAUUCACAAAGUUGUUGGCAAUUUGCCAAAACUAUAUUGAUGCAGCAUAUAGGAAAACAUUUACAGUACUGGCAAAUGUUUGAAGCUGAGCGCAGUUUAAUAUUUGAACGUUUACGUGCCUUUAAGGAUAUGAGUUUAGAUAUACAACGUAAUUUAAGACUGUAAUAAGAAAUACAUACAUAAACAAUUAUGAAAAUUAUUUUUAAAAAUAAAUAAAAUGAAAAUAUUUUAAAAUCCAUUAGGUAAAGAUGAAAUGAAA